CCUUCCCCCCCCCCCCCCCCCACUCGUCAUCACCUCUCCAAUCCGCGUUCUAUAAUAUUCCCCCAACUCCGCCACCACCAACCUCCUCUUCCUCCUCCCCUUCUCCCAAGACCGCCGCCUGUUCCAUGCAGGACUAGUCCGUCGGUCCACUGCUCAGCCAUGGCGGAGCUCGCGGUGCGGUCUCUGCUGCUGUUAUUGCUCCUGAUCUCGCCGUUUGUGGUUUCAGCUGGUAUUCUGAAGCUCAACUCGUCGUCGCCCCUGUUCGGCAUCGAGUUCCCGCCUUUCAACACCGCCGUCGCCGACACUGGCUGCGACGGCAAGCUGGUGGCAUCCCAGGAGGUGGAGGACGACCAGAAGCAGCCGGCGAGCCUGUCUCCGACGCUGAAGCUGCACAUGAGCCACCGCGCUGCCGCCGAGGCCGUGGCGGGCAGGACACGGAAAGAAUCGUUCUUGGAUUCGGCCAAGAAGGACGCCGUCCGCAUCGAGACGAUGCACCGGAGGGCAGCACGGGCUGGCGGGGACCGGGCGUUGGCGGCGGGUUCUUCGCCCAGGCGGGCGCUGUCGGAGCGGCUGGUGGCGACGGUGGAGUCGGGCGUGGCGGUCGGGUCGGGGGAGUACCUGGUGGACGUCUACGUCGGCACACCGCCGCAGCGGUUCCGGAUGAUUAUGGACACCGGCAGCGAUCUCAACUGGCUGCAGUGUGCACCAUGCCUUGACUGCUUCGAGCAGCGCGGCCCGGUGUUCGACCCCGCGGCGUCCUCCUCCUACCAGAACGUCCCCUGCGGCGACCCGCGCUGCGACCUCGUGGUGCCGCCGGAGCCGCCCAGGACGUGCCGCCGCCCGCGGGACGACCGCUGCCCGUACUACUACUGGUACGGCGACCAGUCCAACACCACCGGCGACCUCGCUCUCGAGUCGUUCACCGUCAACCUCACAGCCCCGGGCUCGUCCCGCCGCGUCGACGGCGUCGUUUUCGGGUGCGGGCACUGGAACCGCGGCCUCUUCCACGGCGCAGCGGGGCUGCUCGGCCUUGGGCGCGGGCCCCUCUCGUUCGUUUCCCAGCUGCGCGCCGUGUACGGGCACGUCUUCUCCUACUGCCUCGUUGACCACGGCAGCGACGUCGCCAGCAAGAUCGUGUUCGGGGAGGACGCCGCGCUGCUCGCGCACCCGCAGCUCAACUACACGGCAUUCGCGCCCUCGGCGAGCACCUCGGCGGACACAUUCUACUACAUCAAACUCAAGGCCGUGCUCGUCGGCGGCGAGUUGCUGAACAUCACCUCCGACACCUGGGACGUGGCCAAUGACGGGUCCGGCGGCACGAUCAUCGACUCCGGCACGACGCUGAGUUACUUCGCCGAGCCGGCGUACCAGGUGAUCCGGCAGGCAUUCAUCGACCGCAUGAGCAAGUCCUACCCGCUCAUCCCCGACUUCCCGGUGCUGAACCCCUGCUACAACGUGUCCGGGGUGGAGAAGCCGGAGGUGCCCGAAUUCUCACUCCUGUUCGCCGACGGCGCCGUGUGGGACUUCCCGGCGGACAACUAUUUCAUCCGUCUCGACCCGGAUGGCAUCAUGUGCCUCGCCGUCCUCGGCACGCCGCGCUCCGCCAUGUCCAUCAUCGGCAACUUCCAGCAGCAGAACUUCCACGUCAUGUACGACCUGCAGAACAACCGGCUCGGCUUCGCGCCGCGGCGGUGCGCCGAGGCACAGCUCAGCCGGUGAGGGUCUCCGAGGACGAGCAAUUUAAACUCGGUCCUCAGCUCGAUUGAACGUGUCAUACUAGUGUGUAGUAGCUUUGCUAAUUGGGAGAGAAUUGGGUGUAGAAAUAUUGGGUUGGGAAGGAUGGUGGCACACAAGCUCUAUUACAACAGGGUUUUGGAACCAAUCUCCAAGGAAAGGAGACUGGGAGCAACUAGGAAUUUUAUACUGUAGUCUUUUUUACCAUUUCUUUCAUCUGUAUACAGUUAUGGGUCUAAAAUUUUUUGCAUGAUUUUUGUGCUGGUUGGUGAUGAUAAGAAGAGAAGUAUUUGUAUUGUGACAUUAUGGAUUCUUUCCAGUUGGUUUGGUGGCUCCCCGUUCAGGGGCAGAUAUGAUACAGAAAUCGGAAGGUUUUUUCAUUA